AUGGGUUCUUGCAUUAGCAAAUGCAAACCCCAACACACCAAGAAUGUUGUUCAAGACAAGCUUGUCAUCUCUCAAGCUUCACCACCACCCAUUAUUCUUCUUCCUCCAAAAUAUAAAAUCUCUCCUUCACCACCUUCUCCUACUUCCUCCUUCACAUGCACCGCCGCCACCACUACCACCACCACCACCAUCUCCUCUUCUUCCUCCUCCUCCUCCUUGUCAAGUGCUUCUUCCUUCACCUCCAAGGACAGAUCAUUCUCCAACGAAUUUCUUUUGUCUUGCUACAAGGACAACCCACAAAUCUCACGCAUCAACUCCCUCACCCAUCAUCAUGCCAUUACUUCUCCUUCCUUCUCUAACAACCAAAAACCUCAUAACAACAAGGUUCUUCCUGCCUCCUCUACUCACAAGAGACUGCGCUCAAACUCACCAACAAAUCUAACGAGGCAGAAGAGUUUCAGAAAAGAUUCAUCACCAUCUCCAAGCACAAGGUUCAUCAAUACUAAUGGCGGUGAUUACUACAAAUAUUCUGCAAAUUCUUCCUCCAUGGACACUAGUACUGUUUCGAAGCGAAUGAACGGUAGCCCUAAGGUUAGUUCAGUUCAGUCUUGUUCUCGUUGUUGUGCUUCUUCGAGGAAUAAUAACAAAGCAGGUGCGAGUCCAAACAACAACUUAGGGAGGCUUCAAUGUUCUUCUGGGUUGAGGCAUAGAGCAAUGACUCGAACGCUUAGAGUUGGAUCCAAGAUUGAUGAAAAUGUGGUCAAACAAGUGGUGUCGUCGUCCAUUAAUUCUAAUAACAACGAUAUGGACUUGGAUCUCCUUGAAGACAUUGAUAAUCCUCUUAUCUCCUUGGACUGUUUCAUCUUUUUGUAGAAACAACUUUAAUUUUUGUAUGUGUUCUGCGUAUUCAUGUAUUUUUUCGUGUGCAUAGAAAGUUAUAAUUUUUUUCAUUUUUAUUUUAUUUUACAUGUGUGUAUG